AUGUAUUUCGCACCGUUUUUGGCGCCUUGUGCUUUAUAUCUCAAAAUAGUAAAAAUGAAAAUCGUCACGACCUUUGCGUGGAGUUACACUUAGCCACACCCAAUCUAAAUUGUAUGCAAUGAUGGAUGGUAACUGAAGUCGGGAACAAAUUACUUCCACCUCACCUUUACCAGUACAUAAAGAAGUAGGUACCAGGUAUUUACCUAUACCGUGUGUUUACAAUGAGUAGAUAUAAUGCAUAUAAAAACUAGUUUCCGCAUCCAACUUGAAAUUCUGAUAAAUAUUAGCCAGGCAGUCUACAUAACCUUACCGACCCAGUAUUUCCACAUUUUCGCCGAAUUUACUUCUAAGUAUCUGAACAUGAAGACCAGCUCCUACAUUCUAGGGUUUCUCGCGAUGGGGCUUACAUUGGCCUCACCAUUGACCUUAAAUAUCGAUAAACACCAAAUUCGUGGGGCCAAAAGAGAUCGUGAUGAGGUUAUUGCGAAGAGAGAACCUGUUGAUGCAGACGAAAACCUCGGCAACAUGUGGUGCGGCAAUUGUGUUUCCAACAGCGAUGAAAGCGCAGUCUGAAUACGCCUCUCGGGUCAGUAUGACUAUCUAGGUACUAAAACAUUGUCUUGCUUUGUGGGAUGGCGGGCAAGGGCGGUAUUGUGGGUUUCCAUAUGUGUUUCAACGUAAAUUACCUAACCAUUGUACUUCGCUACCAACGAGCCCUAUAAUACCGUCUCUACCAAUGUAUACCCAGGCCGGUGCUACCAAAUGUUGUGCAAUAGCUUAGAAUAAUGUGUACCUAGGUAUAUAUAUGAUGAUUGAUUGCGUAGCUAUUAGGAUGUUCAAAU